AUGAUAAUACGAUACGCUCCGUGCUGUCUCGAAUAUAUUCGAUUCACAGUUACCUUCGAGUAUCUACUGAAGAUUGGAUUAAUCCUUUCGUUCCCCAGAAGUCCAAGUAAAAUCGAAUUCUGCCAGUUUUAUAGAACGACAGCAGUUCGGCAAAAGAAAAAGAAGAGCGGAGGUUGGUUCUCGAAAAGGAGGUCAGAUAUCUGCGCCGAUUCACCGACACCGAUUAUCGAUCCUGCAUGCAAAGUCGCAGUUGUGGUCGGUGGUUCCGAUGGCUUCGGUUUCGCGGCGGCCGAGCAUCUUUUAUGCAAAGGAGCACGAAAGGUCAUGAUAACAGACAGCGACGCGGAGAAAGGAAGAAUGGCGGCGCAGAGGCUCUGCGAUGCCUAUGGGAAGGAUCGUGUGCAAUUCGCUCAAGGUCAUGUGCACAAUCGUUGCCAAUUCGAAGCUACUUUGAAUCACGCUCGCUGCAAAUACAAAGGUAUACAUAUCAUUUUCAACGACUUCGAUAAGGAAUGGCCCUUAACGAGUAAUAGCGCAGGAAUGAAAGAGAAUAACGCAGCCAAAAUGAUCCGAGUAGAAAUGAAAGUUUUCGAGAAAAAGGAUAACGGUCCCGAUGGCGUGAUAGUAAACUGUGCAAGCAUUUUUGGGUUCAUGGGUUGGCCCCAGGAUCCGUUUCCUAUUUAUUGCAAAAAGGAGCCUGUAAUUGAAGUGACUAAGGACUUCGUGAAAGAGACAAACGCUGAAGAAACUGGGGUACGCCUAAUUGUUCUGUGCCCAUCAACCAAACACUUCAAUGACAUAGGGUUGCCCGACAUCCCGGAUCCCAUUCCCGAUCAUCGAAUCUGCGAGUUACCGCCUUGUGUGCCAAUCACGAAACGUCAAAUUGGUCCAGCUUUGAGCCACGUGCUGGCUUGGGCUCAACAUGGAAGCGUCUGGUUGGUAGAACCAGCGAUUAGUGUACACGAAACUCCUCGAUUGAUCCAUUUUCCAGUUGAAGAAGGAGAAACAGUUGAUCCGAAAGUUUACCAAACAUUAUCCUGCAGUAUUAAAACAACGCCACCAUGCGUUGAACUCUCCAAUCAUAAUAAAUCGAAACUGUGUCAGCGGUUAAAGAGUAAAAUUUGCAAAGUGAAGGCUCCGAAACGGAAAUAAACAAUUAGUUGCGUAAAAGCUCAAUAUUUCAAGACGUUCUACGAUUUCACGUAUUCAAUUAAAUCAUUUUGAUCGAAUUAGUUGCAAUCACUGAAUUCUAAAUAAUUUGCAAUUAUUAUGUAACACAUAUCACAAGAGAAAUGUAAUAAGAAAGAGUCAGCAUUAAAGAAUAAACACG